CAAUCAUUGGUACGGACUCGCGCAAAGCUCCGCUGCUGUACGAGGCUGUCUUUGGGCCCUUAUUCAUCUGUCUAAGUGGACAAGGUUUCGAUUGCUAAGGAUUUCUGUGCCAUUAUGCAUGCAGCUUUGUGGCUGGAUACACCAUCACAGUUGUGUCAUGAACCUAUAAAGACAACUCUUCGUCUUCAAUAACAGUCUCAUUAUCAACUCACUCACUAAUUCAACUCACCCAAUCGACAUACUCUUUAACACUUAACAACUCUCAAUAACUCAAAAUGUCCAAGAUUCUUACCGUUUUCGGCGCCACUGGCAACCAGGGCGGCUCUGUCGUUCGCGCCAUCCUCAACGACCCCGCUCUCUCCAAAGAGUUCAAGAUUCGUGGCAUCACCCGCGAUGUCUCCAAGCCCGCUGCCCAAGCCCUCGCCUCAAAGGGCGUUGAGGUCGUUGCUGCCGACAUGAACACCGCUGAGCAAGUCGCGCCAGCUGUCAAGGACGCUCACACUGUCUUCCUCGUCACAAACUACUGGGAGACCAACAGCGGCAACGGCGAGAUCGCUCAAGGAAAGGCAGUCGCUGAUGCAUGUAAGACUGCUGGCGUGAAGCAGCUCAUCUUCUCGUCUCUUCUUGACACCAAGAAGAUCAGCAACGGUCGCCUUACUCACAUCAAGCAUUUUGAGGGCAAGGCCGAGAUUGAGGAGUACAUCCGACAGAUCAACGUCCCCGCAACCUUUGUUCUUCCUGGUUUCUUUGCCUCCAACCUCUUCACUUCUAUUCGCAAAAAUGAGGACGGUAGCUAUGGUUGGGCUCUUCCCGCCAACGGUGACAAGGCCAAGGUUCCUCUCUUUGACGUGAACGCCGACAUGGGCAAAUUCGUCAAGGCCGCCAUUAAGAACUUCCCCGGUACUAUCAACAAGCGCAUCUUCGCAGCCACCGACUACUACUCCCCUAACAGAAUCAUCUCCGAGUUCAGCGAGGUCAUUGGAAAACCCGCCAAUUUCAACCAAGUUCCCGCCGAUGUCUUUGAGUCUUUCCUCCCUGCUCCUGUUGCUAAGGAGUUGACUGAGAACAUGAUGCUCUUGGAGGAUCCCGGGUACUACGGCGAUGCUGACCUAAAGGAGAGCUUGGAUCUCCUGGAUGAGAAGCCCGUCACUUGGAAGGAGUUUGUUGAGCAGAAUAGAUCUAAGUGGGAAUAAAGAAGUAAUAUGAAGGAUGGACUGCCCAAGUAAUAAUAAAAAUAUCUGUUUGUCAUA